UUACACACCCAAACGCGCUCUUUAAAAAAGCCUCCCUCUUCUCCCUUCCAUACAUUUUACUCUCUUCACACUGUAACAGAUCAAUGGCGGUUUCAACACGAAGAACAAGCGGACCGGUGCUACGAUCUCAUGCUCCAUCUGGAAGGUUCAACAACUCGCCGUCGUCGACGUCGUCGUUUGCUUCCACCAGCUCUGCGUUUUCAGCCAGAUCUAGUUCGUUUUUUCAACAGAGGCCGGCGUCGCCAGCUCCUGUGAACAUCUACGGAACGUCGUCGUCGUCGUCGUCGUCCGUGCGAUUCUCCCUGGACAAUCGUUCGAUCUCUCCGAGUAGAUCGAUAUCCUCGCUACCUAGAAAUCAUAAUCAGGCGGUGAAGAAGCAGUUGGAGACUCCAAAGAGGACGUGUAUGUGUUCACCUACGUCGCAUCCAGGAUCGUUCAGGUGCAGCUUGCAUAAGAACUCCAACAACAAUAACAGCCACAACCAUACGGCUUCGUAUCCCUCAAACCGACUCAACGCGAGGCGGUCGGCGAUGACUAACUCGCUCGUUCGUAUAGGAACCGUAGAAGGUGGUGAUUUGGUGAAGAGAGCUCUAGCGGCGUUGAUUCGACCAUCGUCUCACCAACAAAAACGUAGAACAUCGUUUCAGCCUAGGCCAAGUCGGCUAUCUGUCAUGUCAAAGGCGGAGGAUUUUUAGAUUCUGAAAAAUUCGGUAUGUUCGUUGAUUACUCUGAACGUCCGGCUAUUGAAUCCAAAGACGGUUGCGUACGAUAACAGCAGAUCGCGGCGAGUGGGAAAUCGAAGAGAUCGGAAUGAGCGGCUUUUUAAGAUAUCGGUAAACCGAAUCAAAGCACUCACAAGAGGGAACACCCUUUUUAUGUGUAAAUACUUACAGAUGACGAUAUAUGAAUAUCAUCCGUUGCUGCCAUCAAUGACUAAUGAAGCAACUUCAAUUCUAAACACUAAUCUAAGCACACU